CGCGGCGGGCUCGCGGGGCCUGCAACCCGGACGGUGGGAGCCGGGGAAGCGGGGAGGAGACGGCGUGAAGGUGCCGUCCAGACGUGGCGCUGAUGACCGAACUACAGCAGGAUGUGGACGACACAAAGUCUGCCAAAGUGCUCGGGAAGAGGGAGAGCAAAGUUGGCUCAGCCCACUCAGAGGCUGAGAAUGGUGUGGAGGAGAAGAAGAAGGUAUGCAGGGCACCAGCAGCGCUGUCUCCCACCCCGUCCAGCGAGGCCGAGUCCCAGGACCAGAAGAGAACCAUUUCCCUGCGCUGUUUUCCUGUCAGAGCAUCCUGCCUUAUUCAGCAAAGACAUCAAGCCUGUGGUUUCUUGAAACUUUCAGCACCGUUGACUGGCUGCCACAGGUCAAAAUCCGGUUUCGAUGGUGCCCCUUUAGCAAAUGAGAAAAGCGACUGUAAAACUGAAAGCAAGAAUGACUCUAAGAUUGAAAGGAAAAAGUCCUCAUCUUCAAGCCAGGACAAAGCAAACAUGCACUUCCACAAACUGUUUCUAGAUGUCCCCACGGAGGAACCCCUGAGACAAAGUUUUACGUGUGCUCUACAGAAAGAAAUAUUAUACCAAGGGAAGCUCUUUGUAUCGGAAAACUGGAUUUGUUUUCAUUCCAAGGUCUUUGGAAAAGACACUAAGAUCUCGAUUCCAGCUUUCUCAGUAACCUUGAUAAAGAAAACCAAAACUGCCCUCCUGGUGCCAAACGCCCUGAUUAUAGCGACAGUCACAGACAGGUACAUAUUUGUCUCCUUACUCUCCAGAGAUUCAACUUACAAACUACUGAAAUCGGUGUGUGGACACUUAGAAAAUACAGGUAUUGGCAAUAGUCCCAGUCCAUCUUCUCUUGAAAACAGUUUCCGGGCAGACCGUCCUUCAUCUCUGCCUCUGGAUUUCAAUGAUGAAUUCUCAGAUCUGGAUGGAGUGGUGCGGGAAAGAAGGCAAGACAUGGAAGGAUACAGCAGUUCUGGCUCUCAGACCCCUGAAUCUGAGAACUCUCGAGAUUUCCAUGUGACAGAAUCCCAGACAGUUCUGAAUGUCUCCAAGGGAGAAGCAAAACCAACUCGGGCAGAUCCCCUUGUGAACAGGGUACCUGAGGGAAAAGCCAAGAGUCUCCCUGGGCAUGCAGGUCAGUCAGAAACCACUGGACUCAUACCCAGAGUAAAGUCUGAGAAAUGUCCAACUCUCCACCAUAUUCUUAUAUUCUAUGCAGUUGUUGUCUGUGCACUGAUCAUCUCGACCUUCUACAUGAGAUACAGAAUUAAUACUCUGGAGGAGCAGCUGGGGUCACUAACCUCCAUUGUGGACACCCAUCAGACUGAACAGACAGCACCAUCUGGCCUGGGGUCACAAGUACAGUUAAAUGUGGAGGCCCUGUGUCAAGAGCUUACAGCUAACAUAAUGCGAUUAGAAAAGAUACAAAACAACUUACAAAAGCUGCUUGAGAAUGGUGACUGAAGCUCGAGCCACGCCAUACCUCGCACUUCCCUUCAAGUAGGUGCUCCCGGGGUGUUCUGGUGGAGUGCUCCCUGCUGGCCAGAGGAGCUAGCAGGCGGGCAGCCUCUCUUGCCCUUGGAGGUCUCAGGCUCAGGAAAGGGGGGAAUGGGGAAUAAUUCUGGUUCCUGUGCAAUAAAAGUUGACCUCGACUCUC